ACUAGUUCUGACAAAUAAAUACACUAAAUGCGCUCCAAAUCUUGUCAGGUCAGGCGAAGAUGGGAGGUGGAGUUCUGACUGAAAAUAUCAACAGUAAUCCAUCUCUUUCUUCAUCAUCAUCAACCACGUGCUUUUCUCAUUUCUGCACCUCAGCUCUCAGAACCAAGGCCCUAAACUCAUCCACGAAUCACCGCGAUGAACUUUUGCGACGUCUUGGCCUCUUCCAACUCGUACUCAUCGGUGUUGGAGCUUCUAUCGGCGCCGGUAUAUUCGUUGUCACCGGCACCGUUGCUCGUGACGCCGGUCCAGGGGUUACAAUUAGUUUCAUACUUGCUGGAGCGGCUUGUGUGUUAAAUGCACUGUGUUAUGCUGAGAUGGCGUCUCGUUUCCCUGCUGUUGUUGGUGGAGCAUACUUGUAUACUUAUUCAGCUUUCAAUGAACUUACUGCUUUUCUUGUUUUCGCUCAACUUAUGCUCGACUAUCAUAUUGGGGCAGCUAGCAUAGCUCGAAGCUUGGCCAGUUAUGUGGUUACAGUGCUUGAGCUCUUUCCCUUUUUCAAAGAUAAUAUUCCUAGCUGGAUUGGACAUGGGGGUGAAGGGUUCCUUGGAGGAACUCUCUCUAUCAACAUUUUAGCUCCAAUUCUCCUAUCACUUCUUACCAUAAUACUAUGUAGGGGUGUUGGGGAAUCUUCAAUUUUGAACUCGUGCAUGACUGCCAUAAAGGUUACAAUUGUCAUUGUUGUUAUCUGUGUCGGUGCUUUUGAGGUUGAUGUUUCCAAUUGGUCUCCUUUUGCUCCAAAUGGCUUUAAAGAAAUAUUGACUGGAGCUACUGUAGUAUUCUUUGCAUAUGUAGGGUUUGAUGCUGUUGCAAAUUCAGCUGAGGAAUCUAAGAAACCUCAGCGGGAUUUGCCAAUUGGCAUCUUGGGAAGCCUUCUAAUAUGUGCUGCAUUAUAUAUUGGGGUUUGUUUAGUCAUCACUGGGAUGGUACCUUACAAGUUGCUUGGUGAAGAUGCUCCUUUGGCUGAUGCCUUUUCAUCCAAGGGGUUGAAAUAUGUUUCUGUUUUGAUAAGCAUAGGUGCUGUGGCUGGACUUACAACCACCCUUCUGGUUGGUCUUUAUGUUCAGUCUCGAUUAUAUCUUGGGCUUGGAAGGGAUGGUUUACUGCCUUCUGUAUUUGCUGAAGUGCACCGAACACGCCACACUCCUAUCCACUCCCAGAUUUGGGUUGGUAUUGUUGCUGCUCUUCUGGCAGGGCUAUUUAAUGUGCAUGUGCUCUCACACAUUCUCUCAGUUGGUACAUUGACAGGUUAUUCUGUUGUUUCAGCAUGUGUUAUAGUUCUUCGAUGGAACGAUAAAAAAGCAAAUCAAAUUCCUUCAAGAUGGACUUCAGCCUCGCGGGAAGGUGUCAUUUGUCUUGUCAUAAUCGCUGCUUGUGGUUUCAGUGGUGGACUAUGUUACCGCUUGAGUAGUGCAUAUUUUUUUCUGCUGAUACCAGGAGUCAUUGCAGUAUUGGCUUGUGCUUCUCUUUGCUUCCGUCAAGCUUAUGCAGAUCCUCCAGGUUUCUCCUGUCCUGGUGUUCCCAUUGUGCCCUCUGUUUCCAUAUUUUUUAACAUGUUCCUUUUCGCCCAGUUGCACCAUGAAGCUUGGUGGAGAUUCAUCAUCCUCAGUAUUAUUACAAUUGGUUUUUAUGCAGUUUAUGGACAAUAUCAUGCGAAUCCAAGUUCAGAUACAAUUAUCUAUCAUAGGGCACCUGCCCAAGAAGCUCAGUAAGGGCAUGUUGUAAGUGUUCAAUACCCAUUGCUUCUUGAUAUGGCUUGUACCCUGUUUGUAAUAUGGCACUGUGUAGUGUUUAACGAAAUUUAAGAAGCAAUUUGUAUGAAAGAUAUUGUUGAAACCAAUUAUUGUUCCAAUACUUCAAGGAUCUCUUGCCAUUGUUCUCUUUUCUUGAGGCGGCAAUAGUAUUCUUCA